AGUAUUGUCAUAAUUAACAGAGUUUAAAUAAGGUUAUAACCUGAUUUCUUUCACUAAUUGACAGGUAACUAUGCAUUGUUGGUAUUCUGGUUUGAAAACAUUGAUUUGCCCAAAUGUCUAAGUUUAGAGAGCAGUGUACUUGUAAAUGUUUUGUUGAUUUCUAUGUUGUUAUUUUUUUUUUAUAGAGUUUAACAUUUUAAAAAUUUUAUGAAUAAUUCUGUUUUGACUUGUGUAAAUUCAUUAGUUUUAGGUCAUGGAAAGUAGUUUUUGAGUCUUCAAAUUCAGUUCAGAUACCAUUUAUGUGGUAAGCACUUUGCAAUCAUUAUUAGUCUUGCUUAUUCUAUCCCAUUGAUGAAUUUCAACAAUGUCUGUUCAAUAAUGUAAUGCAUUGCACAUUCUGCUAUGCUUAGUGGGAUUUGCAAGGAUGAAUAAAAUUGCUGCCUACUGGGAGAGAAUGUUCCUGUUACCUGACUGAGAAUUGUUUCAAGGGGCAGGUGCCACUUGAGGUGGAGUGGAGGAAGUCACAUGACAAAGGAGAACAUGCCAAGGUCAUUCAGGGUCUGAUGAUAAGUCUGAGCACAGCUUCACCUUUAUCCUGACAUCCAGAGGUCCCUGAUGCUGCCACUUCUUAGGCCACUUUGGGGUUGUUUGUUCAAACCAGUAUUAAAGAGGGACAACUGUUGAAGCAAACCAGUUCUUUCCAAAGAUGGAAAAAGCGGUAUUUCAAGCUUCGAGGCCGUACACUUUAUUAUGCAAAGGACUCAAAGUCUCUGAUAUUUGAUGAAGUUGACCUCUCAGAUGCCAGUGUAGCUGAAGCAAGCACAAAAAAUGCUAACAACAGUUUCACGAUAAUCACUCCAUUCAGAAGACUAAUGCUAUGCGCUGAGAACAGAAAGGAGAUGGAGGACUGGAUCAGCUCACUGAAGUCUGUACAGACCAGAGAGCCUUAUGAGGUGGCCCAGUUUAAUGUGGAACAUUUCUCAGGGAUGCAUAACUGGUACGCCUGCUCCCAUGCCCGACCCACUUUCUGUAACGUGUGCCGAGAGAGCCUUUCCGGAGUCACCUCCCAUGGCCUGUCCUGCGAAGUGUGUAAAUUCAAGGCCCACAAAAGGUGUGCAGUGAGGGCCACUAAUAACUGUAAGUGGACGACUCUGGCCUCCAUCGGGAAGGACAUCAUAGAGGACGAGGAUGGGGUGGCUAUGCCUCACCAGUGGCUAGAGGGUAACUUGCCUGUGAGUGCCAAGUGUGUUGUCUGUGACAAAACGUGUGGCAGCGUUCUUCGUCUACAAGAUUGGAAAUGCCUUUGGUGUAAAAUGAUGGUACACACUGCCUGCAAAGACUUAUACCAUCCUGUAUGUCCACUUGGCCAAUGUAAAGUGUCUAUCAUUCCUCCAAUUGCACUAAACAGCACUGAUUCUGAUGGUUUCUGUAGAGCAACGUUUUCAUUCUGUGUUAGUCCUUUACUGGUUUUCGUCAACUCCAAGAGUGGAGAUAAUCAGGGAGUCAAGUUCCUUCGACGGUUUAAACAGUUACUAAAUCCAGCUCAGGUGUUUGAUUUAAUGAAUGGAGGUCCUUAUUUGGGUUUAAGAUUAUUCCAGAAGUUUGACAAUUUCCGGAUUCUUGUUUGUGGAGGAGAUGGAAGUGUAGGUUGGGUUUUGUCAGAAAUUGAUAAGCUCAACUUGAAUAAACAGUGUCAGCUUGGAGUGCUGCCUUUGGGUACCGGAAAUGACCUGGCCCGGGUUCUCGGCUGGGGUGGCUCAUACGAUGAUGAUACUCAACUUCCCCAGAUACUAGAGAAGCUGGAACGAGCCAGUACCAAAAUGCUGGACAGGUGGAGUAUAAUGACCUAUGAACUCAAAUUGCCACCAAAGGCUUCUCUACUUCCAGGACCUCCAGAAGCACCUGAAGAAUUUUAUAUGACAAUUUAUGAAGAUUCAGUUGCAGAUCAUCUUACAAAAAUCCUUAAUUCUGAUGAACAUGCAGUAGUCAUAUCAUCUGCUAAGAUACUAUGUGAAACUGUAAAGGACUUCGUUGCCAAAGUAGAGAAGGCAUAUGACAAAACGUUGGAAAAUGCUGUUGUAGCCGAUGCCGUGGCCAGCAAAUGUUCGGUCCUCAAUGAGAAGCUUGAACAACUGCUCCAGGCUUUGCGUACAGACUCCCAGGCUGCUCCUGUUCUCCCAGGCAUCAGCCCUGUCCUUGUAGAAGAAGAUACAGUGGAAUCUUCGAGUGAAGAGUCCUUGUGUGAAAGCAAGGAACAGCUCUUGGAUGACACUACAAAACCUUCCUCCCAGAAAGCAGUGAAACCAAAGGAAAUAAUGUUGCGGGCAAAUAGUUUAAAGAAAGCAGUGAGGCAAGUCAUUGAAGAAGCUGGAAAAGUUAUGGAUGAGCAGACAGUUCACUCCUGUGAGCCAGUUAAUCAAUCAUUCGAUUAUGAUAGUACAGAAACAGAUGAAUCUAAAGAAGAAUCUAAAGAUGAUGAUGCAAAAGAGUCAUUAAUUGUUAAAAGUGCACCUCGGUCUCCAGAUGGCCGGGCAAGUCGUUCCCAGACUGACUCUGGCCCUGGCCCAACUGUGGCAGCCAGCAAAGAAAACCUCCCUGUGCUCAACACCAGAAUAAUCUGCCCAGGUUUAAGAGCAGGACUAGCUGCCUCAAUUGCUGGGAGUUCUAUUAUCAACAAAAUGUUACUAGCAAAUAUUGAUCCUUUCGGUGCAACGCCAUUUAUUGACCCAGAUCCAGAUUCAGUAGAUGGAUAUUCAGAAAAAUGUGUCAUGAACAAUUACUUUGGGAUUGGAUUAGAUGCAAAAAUUUCAUUAGAAUUUAAUAAUAAGAGAGAGGAGCACCCUGAAAAAUGCAGGAGCCGAACUAAAAACUUGAUGUGGUAUGGAGUCCUUGGAACCCGGGAGUUACUACAGAGAUCAUACAAGAAUUUAGAACAGAGGGUUCAGCUUGAGUGUGAUGGACAGUAUAUUCCUCUCCCCAGUCUGCAAGGAAUAGCAGUACUGAACAUUCCCAGCUAUGCCGGAGGCACUAACUUUUGGGGUGGAACUAAAGAGGACGAUAUAUUUGCUGCACCAUCAUUUGAUGACAAGAUCCUGGAAGUCGUUGCAAUAUUUGAUAGUGUGCAAAUGGCGGUUUCAAGGGUCAUUAAACUACAGCAUCAUCGAAUAGCCCAGUGCCGUACAGUAAAAAUCACUAUAUUUGGUGAUGAGGGAGUCCCAGUGCAGGUGGAUGGUGAAGCAUGGGUUCAGCCUCCAGGGAUUAUCAAAAUUGUGCACAAAAACAGAGCUCAGAUGCUAACAAGGGACAGGGCUUUUGAAAGCACUCUGAAAUCUUGGGAAGAUAAGCAGAAGUGUGAUUCUGGUAAACCAGUUCUUCGAACCCAUUUGUACAUCCAACAUGCUGUUGACUUGGCAACGGAGGAGGUGUCUCAGAUGCAGCUGUGCUCCCAGGCUGCGGAGGAGCUCAUUACGAGGAUUUGUGAUGCAGCCACAAUCCACUGUCUCUUGGAGCAGGAACUGGCCCACGCUGUGAAUGCUUGCUCCCACGCACUGAAUAAAGCCAACCCCCAGUUCCCAGAGGUGAGGAGCUAAUGAGUCUUACGAGAGACACUGCCACUGAAAUAGCCAUCAAUGUGAAGGCACUAUAUAAUGAAACGGAAUCUUUACUGGUUGGCAGAGUUCCUUUGGUAAGGAAAAGAAAUGGUUGAUCACAUAAGAAUGAUGACACAUGUAUGGACCUUACCUUCAUUAGGGAAUCAUGCAUUUAUCAAAUUCUAAUGCAAAAACAGCCUUCUGGCCCCCAUCCUUAGAGCUUCCUUUUUACCUAGCUUUUUCCUUCAAGAAAAUAUAUGGCUAACUCUGGGAGUUAUGAUCCAGGCCUACAAGAGAUUACUUCUCACAUAUGCCAACGGAUGUUUAUGCAAUCCUGCUCUGCCCAGCCAGUUUUGAGAGACAUGAGCUUUAUAAAGUGCAAUAGACAUUCCUCAGGUAUCAUUAACUCAUUAUUGCAGAAAAGUAGAGGAAGUCAUAGGUUUGUUCUCAAAAUUAACAUUAAAAUAUGAUUGGUAUGGUUUUGUAGAUUUGCUUAAAAGACACUUUCUAGACUUAGUUUUUCAAAACUCAAUUUCAGGAAUUAGCUGUAUCCCUAAAUUAACUCAGAUUGGUGCUGGACAUCAGGAAUCUGACCACGGUCCAUUGACUUCACAUAAGUGCUAGAAGACCAUAGAUAUCCUGUUUGGUUUGCCCAGAAUCCUUGCCUUGUCAGCCUUUAUUCUCAGUGUUUUCAAAUGUUCCAGCAUGUUGGGUCUUUUCGCCACCUAGUGUUCAAUUGUGGUUUAUUCACACAUGCUGUUGCAACUAUGUUCUUCCUGUAACAGUUCUGAUUAAUUGAUAGGUGAUGAUCUUAAAACAUUUCUCUUGACUGUAAUUUUAUCUCUUGUUUUGUAUUUAAAUAUACACUUAAAUAAAAGUGAUAGUAAAA